AUGGCUCCAAAAUUAAAUUUACCUGAACUCCUUUGUAAAGGUGCUUACAUUAAUGGCCAGUGGAUCACCGAUGCAAAAUCAAAAUUCCAGGUCCAAGAUCCCGCCACCUUAGAGGUAAUUGGGGAAUUGCCUGACCAAGGUCCUGAUGACAUAGAUAUUGCUAUUGAGUCCGCUUCAGCUGCCUUCACAACCUUCAAAAAGACUACUCCAAGAGAGAGAUCCAAAUACCUCAGAGAUAUUUACAAUCUAAUGAUUGAAAACGUCGAUGAUCUAGCCAAAAUCAUCACCUGGGAAAACGGUAAGCACAUCAAUGAAGCGAUUGGUGAAAUUAAAUAUGCUGCCUCUUAUUUCGAAUGGUAUGCAGAAGAAGCCCCAAGAAUCUAUGGUACAACUAUCCAACCAACCAAUCCAACCAACAGAGUCUUUACAAUGCGUCAACCUGUUGGUGUUUGUGGUAUCAUAACACCAUGGAAUUUCCCUUCUGCAAUGAUAACAAGAAAGGCUGCUGCUGCAAUUGCUGCCGGCUGUCCAGUUAUUAUCAAGCCUGAUCACCAAACUCCUUAUUCUGCCCUAGCUCUUGCUUACUUCUUUGACAAGCUAAACUUGCCAAAGGGCAUCUUCAACAUAGUUUUAUCCAAAUCCCAUGUACCCGAAAUCGGCUUGAAAAUGUGUGAAUCAACAAAAAUUAAAAAAAUAUCUUUCACAGGUUCAACUAAUAUAGGUAAAAUCCUAAUGAAACAAUCCGCUUCAACUUUGAAAAAACUAUCCUUUGAAUUAGGUGGUAAUGCUCCAAUCGUUGUAUUCGAUGAUGCUGAUAUCAAUUUAGCCAUCUCUCAAUCAAUUGCUUCAAAAUUCAGAGGCUUGGGCCAAACAUGUGUUUGCGCCAAUAGAUUAUAUAUCCAACAAGGCAUAUAUGAUAAAUUUGUUGAAAAAUUCUCAAAAGAGGUUUCCAAAUUCAAAGUUGGAAACGGUUUUGAUACAUCUUGCACUCAUGGCUGCUUAAUAAACCAGUUGGCUAUCGAUAAGGUCAAAGAUCACAUUAAAGAUGCUCUAUCAAAGGGCGCUGUUGUUAAAAUCAAAGGUGGUAGAGACGAUUCUCUAGGCCCAAAUUUCUAUAACCCAACUGUUCUUUCCAACUGCACUCAAGACAUGAAAGUUGCUAAAGAAGAAACCUUUGGUCCAUUAGCUGCCAUCUUCAAGUUUUCUGACAUCGAAGAUGUCAUCCACUGGUCAAAUGAUGUGGAGCAUGGUCUAGCAUCUUACGUCUUCAGUAAAGACAUCAACAACAUCUACAUCAUGGCUGAAAACUUGGAAUAUGGUAUGAUUAGCUGCAACACUGGUAUAUUCACUGAUUCCUCCAUCCCAUUUGGCGGUGUCAAGGAAUCUGGUUUCGGUAGAGAAGGUUCCUUGCAUGGUAUUGAUGAUUAUACAAUUCUUAAGGCUGUCACAAUCGGUAACAUUCCCCAAAUCUAA